GUGGGAAUGCCAUGUGUACAAAUAACUUCCACGUAUCACCAACUUGCCCGGUAUGAUGAACUCUUGAAGUAGGUGAUAGAGGGACGAAUACAGUUCAUAUUUGACCCAUUACUCGUGCUCGUUCCAUGCAUAUUGUAGAUAUAAUUUAGGUUUUUCUAGAAUACUACCUGCGAAUAAACUAAUUUAUUAUGUUCAACUUAAAAUUUUUGUUCCUCUUUGGCUUGCUAGUCUUACCUGCGGUUAUUUUCACUUUUGAAAAUGGUAAUAAAAUGAUGAGUUAUGCCGAAGAAGACCCGACUGAAGAUGAAGCAGAUGUUGAAGGAGAAGCUGACAUUGAGGAAGUAGCUGGAACAGAGGAAGAAGACGAAGAAGAGGAACAGACAACAUCUCCAGAUGCAGAAACGAGUUUACUCUUCGUGAAGCCUAACAGUCCACCAGGAUCACAAUUGGAACUACCAGCUGGAGUGCCAGUAGAAUUUCUGGUUGGAUUCCGUAACAAGGGUGAACAAGAUUUCAUAGUUGAAAGUUUGAGAGCUUCAUUCCGCUAUCCAAUGGACUUCAACUUCUACAUUCAGAACUUCUCAGCAAUCGGUUAUAACAAGGAGAUAGCUCCAUCACAAGAAGCCACAUUUGCUUAUAGUUUCAUUCCUUCUGAAGCUUUUGCAGGCAGACCCUUCGGUCUUAAUAUUAAUUUGGCCUACAGAGAUGCAGCAGGCAAUGCUUUCCAAGAGGCAGUCUUCAAUGAAACUGUACAAAUUGUUGAACUAGAAGAAGGACUUGAUGGCGAAACUUUCUUCCUAUAUGUCUUCCUAGCUGCUGGUGUUGUAUUGCUCUUAGUCAUUGGUCAACAAACUUUACUUUCGGUUGGUAAAAAACGUACAAGUCGCAAAUCUGCCCCUGUCGAAACAGGAACAAGCAAUCCAAAUAAUGUAGAUUAUGACUGGUUACCACAACAGACCCUGGCCAGUUUGAGUAAAGAUAAGCAACAAAAAUCUCCAAGGCAGCAAAAAUCACCCAAGCAGCCAAAGUCUCCCAAACAGCAGACACAAAGUCCUAGACAAAGGAAAGUCAAAAGGUCAACAGGUUCGGAAUGAAAUGAAAAGAACUGAUAUUAAGAUACCUCCUCAUCUUUCAUCUCAUUUAUAAAUGAACAAAUUCAUCUCUUUUGUGAAUUGAAGACAACUGCUGAUAUUUAUAACAUACAUAAGUUGAAAGUUUUGCUGGUGUUGUGAUUUAAGUUGGAUUUUUGAGACCAACAUAACUUAGGACUGUACUUUGUGAAUACAGUUGAUUUUGUAUUUAUUUUUGUUUCAUUAUUGUUCAUUAAAAUGGACGUUUUUUCUAAUA